AUGGCGGCUGCCGGCUACGUUGUGUCUGCCCAUAAGGCGACGUCUGUUCGUCAUGCAAUUAAAGCCUACUUCACGUCGCCGACGGAGCAGAACUUGAUUCUGAGCAAGGCAAACCGCAUCGAAAUCCACACACUUUCCCUCGAAACUGGCACGCUCCACUUCGACCACGAAUUCACAGUAUACGGCCGUGUAACUGUCAUCCAAGCCUUCCGCCCCGAAGAUGCCAGAAGUGAUCAUAUCCUGGUCGGUACGGACAUGUACGAUUACUUCACCCUUUCCUGGGAUGCCGAGAAGAAGACAAUCGUAAACGAACGGAGUAUCGGAAACCUACAUGAUCACGUACUUAGACAACCAGAGUGCGGGAGCAUUAGUUUGGUGGACCCGUUGCAGCGGUGUAUGGUUAUGCACUUGUAUCAGGGGCUGUUGAGUAUCGUGCCCAUGGCUCAGCCAUCCCGUGAUAAGCGGAAGAAAGCCAAACUCGAAGUUGGUCAGUUGGAGGAGCCUUAUGGAAUAAGGCUACCGGAGCUCAAUGUCGUCGCGUUGAGUAUGGUGCACAGUGAGAAGAAGAACCCGGUUGUUGCGGUGUUAUAUCGGGACAAUGAACAACAACGACGUAUGAAGACGUAUGAGAUCGCCUUGAAAGGCGAAAAAGAAUUAACUGAGACGGAGUUGAAGGCUGGUGAUUUGGAUCAGGGAGCGAAGUUGUUGAUCGGGUUGCCGGCGCCGGUUGGUGGUUUGAUCAUUGUGGGCGAGCAGACCAUUACAUACUUCCACGAGGAGUUGCAAUCUCCUCUGAAAAGGCCGAUUGACCCGACUAUCUUCUCCGCAUACGCGCAAAUUGAUGCAGACGGAUCGAGAUAUCUCUUGGGCGAUGACUACGGUAACUUGUACGUUCUUCUUCUGAUCAUCCAAGAUUCUGUCGUCCGCGAUAUCCAGGUCAGCAAAAUCGGCGAAACAUCUAUCCCGUCAACGCUCUCAUAUCUUGAUGCUGCACACGUCUUUGUUGGGUCUCACUACGGGGACUCGCAACUCAUCCAGAUUCUCGGCGAACGGGACGCGGAGACUGGCAUGAACAUCCGUAUUCUGCAAUCCAUGACCAACCUUGCGCCUAUUUCAGAUUUUGCGCUGAUCUGUCAGUCGGAUCAGGUUGGAGAAGGACAGAUCGUAACCUGUAGUGGAGCAUACAGGGAUGGAAGUUUACGUGUGGUAAAGCAUGGAGUUGGGCUUGAUGAACUGGCCGUCGUUGGGGAUAUGCCUGGGAUCCGACACGUGUGGGCGUUAAAACCGGAUCUGGGAUCUGACGUGGACAGUACUCUCGUUGUCUCUUUUGUUAACGAGACGAGAGUACUCAGACUCGAUCCGAAUAGUGAGGAGGGUGAUAUUGAGGAGCUGGAGGAGUUUAAUGGCUUUGCGUUGAAUGAGCCAACGCUUGCUACAGCGAAUAUCACUGGUGGGCAGUUGGUGCAGGUUACGCCAUCUCAGGUCUUGGUGGUUGAUGCUGAGGGUGGUAUGGUCCGAGCAACCUGGAGUGCACUGGAAACCAAGAUCAUUACGGCCUCUAUCUCGCGUGACAGAGCUGUCGUUGCUCUUGGUGGUGGUGUUGUCGUCUUGCUCAACCUCACGGACGGCGCCGUUGAAGUCGCAAGAAGCACGUUCCCUCAUGAGAUCGCAUGCGUCGACAUUUCUCCGGAAGGCGGGCCGUUCUGCUCCGUCGGAUUGUGGACACAGCCAUCGGUACAUCUCCUGUCUUUGCCGGAGUUGAAGGUUGUUGCGUCCGAGGAGUUGGGUGGUCAGGUUAUUCCGCGCAACACCCUCGUCACGCAGCUUGCCGAUGUUCCAAAUCCGGUCUUGAUGGUGUCCAUGGGAGAAGGAACGCUGUACACGUAUUCUGUGGAUGCUACGUCUGGCUCCCUGUCCGAUCGUAAAGCUACGAAUCUCGGAACCCAUGAACUUCGGCUUACCAGAAUGGGCUAUACGAAUAGUGUCUUUGCCACUUCGGAUCGCCCGACGAUCAUCUACGGUAGUAGGGGAAGGAUUGCGUAUUCGGCUGUCAAUCUUCGUGAAGCUGUGGAUAUGACACCAUUCAAUUCUCCUGCGUUCCCUUCAUCACUUGUGAUCGCUUCCGAGGAUGGGUUGAAGAUUGGUACUAUCGACUCCAUCCAGAAGCUGCACAUCCGGACAGUUCCCUUAGGUGAACUUCCAAGACGGAUCGUACAUCACCCACGUGCAAAGGUGUUUGGUGUUUUGACGAUGAAGCUCAUAGUAGACGAGACGACUGGAGACGAAGACCAGAGGAGUUACUUGAGGAUUGUUGAUGAUGCGACGUUCGAUAUUACUGAUGCUUUUGAGAUGGAUGAGUGGGAAAUGGUCAGUAGCAUCGCGUGUCUGCCACUAGCAGAGAACGGCGGUGACUUAAUUGUCGUGGGUACGGGAUGCUCGUUGCCUGAAGACGACGAAGCAAAGAAGGGCAGGUUGUUGGUGUUCGAAGUGACCGGCGAAAAGAAAUUGUCGUUGGUGUCAGAAAUGGAGACCAAGGGUAAUGUGUACUGCAUUGAUAUGGUGGAAGGCCAUCUCGUCUUCGGAUCAAAUUCAGUGGUUUACAUACAUUCUUACAACCCCACUGCCCAAGGCGCAGAUCAGUUCAAACAGAUUGCAUCGAAACGUUCCGCGACCAUCGUCCUCACGCUUUCUGUUAAGGGUUCCAUCGUUGUCGUGGGUGACUUGAUGAAGUCCGUCUUCGCACUGCGUUUCAAUACUGCCGACAACUCACUUGAAGAGAUCGCAAGAGACUACGCCGCAUUGUGGAUGACAGCUGUAGACGCCAUUAACGAUGACACCUACGUCGGUGGUGAAGCCGAGGGCAAUCUCGUUAUCUACAAGAGAGAUACCACAGCACCAACGGAGUUGGAACAGACAAGGCUACAAAUUGUGAGCGAGUUCAGAGUUGGCGAAAUGGUGAACAAGAUCAGACAAGGACAACUGGUGUCGUCGUUGUCACCUGCAGAAACUGAAGGCGCAGCGGUCACUCCGAAAUCUCUGUUUGUCACUGUAGAUGGCUCAAUCGGCAUUUUCGGCGUGGUGAAUCCGGAUAAAUUUGACAUGUUGGACAAACUACAGAACAACCUCACACAGGUGAUCAGGGGUGUCGGAGGUCUUGAGCACGCCCCAUGGCGAGCACUGCGAAACGAACGCAAGUAUGCUGACGCACCACUACGCUGCAUCGACGGGGAUCUCAUCGAGCAGUUUUUGGAGCUGAGUCCGGAGGAUCAGCAGGCUGUUGUGGAAGGAAAUACUGAGGCUGAUAGGUUACCCGUUUCUCUAGAAGAAGUGGGUAGGAUUGUUGAGGAUCUGGCAAGGUUUCACUGA